CGGUUCUCUGCCGUGUAUAGUAGUGCAUGCCUUUGUCAUGUCUGGCUUUGCGUGCCACGGCAACAGUGAUUGCGACCCUCUCACUUGGGCGGUCAACCAGCUUCAGAUUGAGUCACAUCCGAUGCAGCCUCAAGCGUUAUACAUAUAGUGUAUCAGUCACACCUUAUGGAGAGCUUAUCACAUGUCUGAUCUGCAAAGUGACCUGCUGUGGGCGUAUUCCAUACUCACAACAUUUGCAAGGCGCACUGCACCGUAAGCGAUCUAAUCACCAAGAACCUACUUCCUGCUCCAUAUGCGACAAACAUUUCUGCUCAUCAGACGAAUUGAAUUUACAUUUAUCUGGUAUAAAACACCGUAAAAAGGCUUUACUUGCCUCUUCAACUGCCACUGUAAAUGAGACGGCUAGCGGUACCUUCAAGUGCAUUCCGUGUAACUUAGAAUGUUCAUCACAACUUCAACUGUCGGAUCAUCUGAAGGGACGAAAACACCUAAAGUGCAUCAAGUUUAAAUCGGCCGAUUGGAACUGUGAUGUACUAUUGCCCUCCGCUCUGACGAAUACGCAUUCGACGUCAGAAGAUUGUACAGCGUCAGUAGGUCAGAAGGGACGGCCUUUUGCGACGAACACUUCUAAAUCACUCUGCAGCAAAAGCGAAUAUCUGUUUGAACGC